AUGGCGACACCGGCGCGCACCCAACCUCCAUGGAAGGAACCCAAAGGUUCAAGCCCAGCAAAAUUGAAAGUCUGGAACUCUUUGACGAGAUCAAAAAAUGACUUCGUACCCAUCGACCCUGAAGGCAAAGAAGUCAAGUGGUACAGCUGCGGUCCUACCGUCUACGACGAUGCACACUUGGGUCAUGCUCGGAAUUACGUCACAAACGACAUUCUGCGGAGAAUCCUGGCCCACUACUACGGUUACAGGCUGAAGUUCGUUCAGAACAUCACAGACGUAGACGACAAGAUCAUCCUGCGCGGGCGCCAACAAUAUCUUCUUGCCAAGUUCAAGGCCGAUAACCCAACUGUAACGGAUGAAGUUGUCAACACCACCAUUAAAGCUUUCGACGCAUAUGUCAAGAAGAACCUCCCUCUACUCAAUGAGGAUGUCAACAUCGGCAGCUUCAACAGCGAUUCUGCGGAGAAGUAUGCCAAUGUCAUCCAGGGCAAGUCCGUCGACGGUGUCGGUCCACCAGGCGACAAGGAAGCGAAGAUCAAAAUGCACCUCCGGACGGCCAGCACAGCAGUCACGUCGUUGCUGGCUCCAUCGAAGUCGACCCCUGAGGACGUGGAGAUUUUCUAUGCUGGCGCUGAGGACGUACUGUUACCUUACCUCGACUCACUAUAUGGUUCAACUAUUGAUGCCAGCGACCACUCGGUUUUCACAACACUCACCAAGAAGUACGAAGCGCGCUUCAACGAAGACAUGCGAGCACUCAACGUCCUCGAUCCGGAUGUCGUCACUCGCGUGACUGAGUACGGUGAUGAUAUCGUAGCUUUUGUGGACAAGAUUAUCAAGAACGGCAUGGCAUACAGCACAUCGGAUGGAUCUGUUUACUUCGAUAUUGAGAGUUUCGAGAAGAGAAAGGGGAACCACUACGCACGCUUGGAGCCAUGGAACAGAGGUGACACCAAUCUGCAAGCAGAUGGCGAAGGUGCCCUGUCAACAGUCAAGACCUCGGAAAAGCGCAACGACUCUGACUUCGCGCUCUGGAAGUCAUCGAAACCGGGAGAACCAGCAUGGAAGAGCCCAUGGGGUCCGGGUCGGCCAGGUUGGCAUAUCGAAUGCUCAGUCAUGGCUUCGGCCGUUCUAGGCGAACAGAUGGACAUACACAGUGGAGGUAUCGAUCUCUGCUUCCCGCAUCACGACAACGAACUAGCACAGUCAGAAGCCUACUGGCAAAAGGAAGGUGGUGCGCAGUGGGUGAACUACUUCCUUCAUAUGGGUCAUCUGUCUAUAUCAGGAUCCAAGAUGUCAAAGAGCUUGAAGAACUUCACCACAAUCCGCGAAGCCCUGAGUCGCGGUGAUUGGAAUGCACGGAGUUUGCGCAUCAUCUUCCUUCUCGGAGGCUGGCACGACGGUAUCGAAAUCACACCAGACAUGCGAAAGUCGGGUUCAUCAUGGGAGAGCUAUGUCACCAACUUCUUCUACAAAGUUCGGGAUCUUGAAGUACAUCCAAACAUCAGUUCGACCGGUGCUGAAGACGAGAAGGUGAAACAGUCUCUCGAAUCUGCGAAGGAGAAAGUACACAGUGCGCUAGCCGACUCGUUCGACACACCUACCGCUAUGCGUGCGAUUUCCAGCCUCAUCACCGAAUACAACUCAGCCGACAAGGCUGGACUGUCUGACGAUGUCUCAUUCGACGUCGCUCGCUACAUCACUCGCAUGGUCCGGAUAUUCGGCCUUGACGGUUCAGCUGACCCUUGGGAUGGUGGCAUCGGCUGGGCUGGCAUUGACAUUCCUUCAGCCGCCAAGGAGCACGUAUACGCUGUUUCACGUGAGCGCGAUCAAGUAAGGCAGCAUGCCAUCGCCGGUGAUCUCAACGAGAACCUAGAUUCUAUCAUCGCCCAGCACAACCCCGCGAAGCAACAAGACAUAGAAGCAGUCCCAUACGCCGAAGUCCUUUCUACUUUCCAACAGUCUCUACAAGACCUUGCGAAGAAGCAAGCGCCCGCGAAAGACUACCUCGACCUGUGCGACCAGCUCCGCGACACGCACCUGUGGGAUCUCGGUAUCUACCUCGAAGACCGCGAGAACGCGCCCGCCAUGGUCCGCCCCGUCGACGCCGAACUGCAAGCCGCUCGUUCACAGAAAGAGGAAAUUGCUCGCCAAAAGGCUGAAGCUAAGCUGAAGCGUGAACGCGAGGAGGCGGAGAAGAAGGCUAAGCUUGCGGAACAAGCUAAGAUCAACCCCAAGGAUAUGUUCCGGACUGAGGAGUAUAGUGCGUGGGAUGAGGAUGGUCUGCCGACCAAGGAUAAGGAUGGCGCUGAUGUAGCUAAAGGGAGGGUGAAGAAGCUUAAGAAGGAGUGGGAGAAGCAGAAGAAGUUGUUUGAGGAGCAUAUGAAGGCUUGA